UACACAUUCGUUGCCCGUACGAUGAGAGAUAAGAUGGUCAGACGUGCAGGUAAAACCUUAGGAAUCAGAGAGCUGGUCGUUUUGGCUGUGCUGGUGCCACUACUGGGUCUGACAGACGGAGUUGUUGUCACCACCACGUAUGGUGACUUGAAUGGCGUGGAGUUCCUGACCUCGACCAUAGGGGACGCUGUGUUUGACCGGAUCUACACGUUCAAGGGCAUUCCUUACGCCGCCCCACCUGUAGGGGACCUCAGAUGGCGCCCUCCGCAGGACCCGGCCGGCUGGACCGGCGUUCGGGACGCCUCGCAGUUCGGCAACCGGUGUCCGCAGGUCGUCGACAUUGAGGGGCCGCCAGGUACACUUCUGUACGAAAUCACCAGGUGGCGCAGCAACAGCAGCAGUGAGGACUGCCUGUUCCUGAACGUCUUCACGCCAAACGUGUCGUCCACUGCGAAUCUGCCGGUCAUGCUGUGGUUACACGGUGGAGGUAUGGGCAUAGGAAGCGCCGACACCUACCCUGCCGAGAUCCCCACGUCACUCAAUAACGUCGUCAUGGUAACCAUCAACUAUCGCCUUGGUAACCUGGGCUUCCUGCCAACCAGAGACCCCGAUACUGACGGGAACGUCGGGCUCCUAGACAUGAAAAAAGCCCUCCAGUGGGUUCAAUCCAACAUCCGGAACUUCGGAGGAGAUCCCGACCGAGUCACCGUCUUCGGUCAGUCCGGGGGAGGCUGGGCCGUGUCCCUGCUCGUCAUGUCCCCGGAGACACGCGGCCUGUACCGCCGGGCCAUCUCUCAGAGCGGCGUGGCAGGGAUCAAGACCAGCCGCAGGGGCGACACCACAAAAACUGAAGCGCUCGCUGCGGCGGUCAACUGUACUGCAGCGUCCUUCGAUGACAUGAUCGUGUGUCUGAGAGGCAAACCAGCACAGGAAUUAUUGACGUUUGAACCAUCAGUUCCGAUAGUUGGCGGCCGUUUUCUACCAGACAAUCUAUGGGAUAUGAUGCACAAGAAGCAGGUAAACGAGGUUGACUACCUUCUGGGCACAAACAACGACGACGGCUACGGGCUGCUGGCUGCAACCCCGCAAGUGACUGCUGACGGCCUCAACAGGACUGAUUUCGAGGCUAUAUUACCGGCUCAACUGGCAUACGUUGCCGACCAAUAUCCCGGUGGCAAUGUCAGCUCCAUCGUGCAGCCUACGAUAGACCAGUACAUCCGGGACACCAACAUGGCGGACGACCCGAUUUACAUACGUGGCCAGGCCAUCCAGCUGAUGACAGACUCGUGGUUCACGGCACCGACUGUGCUGAUGGCUCAGGCGGUGUCAGCGCACGACACUCGGGUGUACCAGUACGAGUUCCAGCGCCGCUCGGCAGUGUUUGCGGACAGACCGCCCUACACGAACGCCGACCACGGGGACGAGCUGUACUACACGUUCGGGAUCCCCUUCCUUCGUGACGACACUGGGACCUCCUGGAAGUACGGCUUCACGGAGGAGGAACGGGACCUGAGUCUGGACAUGAUGACGUACUGGGUCAACUUCGCCGCCAAUGGAGACCCCAAUAACUCGUCGGGGUCAUCGCGCAUGCGUGACCUAGUGAACUGGCCACGCUACAUGACGUCAUCCCAAGCCUACCUGAAGCUGGACGUGACGUCAUCUUCUGACGUCAGACUGCGGGAGUCCAACAUGAAGUUCUGGAAUGAGGAGGUGCCGAGGUUCAUGGGAAAAGAAAUCACCACUGGUGAAGCGGAGAAAUCUACCUGCAGCUUUUUGCUUGUAGCAUUGUCACUUGUAGUAUAUUUCUUACAGUAGGGGCGACCCGAUGUACCUGACUCAAAAGGAGUGCACUCUACUACUAUACUACUACUAUACUACUACUACUACUACUACUACUACUACUACUACUACUAGUAUACUACUAC